UCAUCGGCCUAGUUGGUUUGGUAUUCAGAUUAUUUUUAUUUAUUUCGCAAUUUAUAUUUCGUUUUAUAAAACGGAAUCUUACAUAAAUGACAUGUCACAAACAAUAAAAAGUAAACAUAUCAAUGAAAUGGAUAAUCAAUAUUAUUACAAACUCAUGGCAAGUUAUUUGUCAAAGCGGAACUGUGACGAGUCAUUCAUGAGAUACUUUUUUGGCAAAAAUUCUUUGAAGAAAACUCCUGAAGAACUGGAACGUGCUGAUGAGCGAAAGCGGCGGUUACAGCGGGAGCGGUCACGAAGAUAUCGUGCGCUUAAAAAUGCACGACGGCAGCAUGAGAGCGUCGGCAGUGGCGGCCGGGAUAGUGGCGAUAGUGACGGCGCUGCCCUGCGUUCCAAGUCUCGCACGCUUAUAUUGGAAGAAGAAUUCAGUGACGGUGAUGAACCACCCACUUUGUGUGAUCUAAAUUACGAAGAUAAGUGGCUAGGGUCCGAUUGUGCUUCGGAUGACAACUCAGCCCAUUCUGCUGCCGAAGUGAAAGAGGCGCAUCUGAGUUCCGAGUCGCCGUUGAGCCUUAAAGAGUUCUUGAGCUCACCUAAUGCAGAGCUGGAUUACCCCACAAUGCACAGCCUCAUGUUUCACUGGCUGCAGACGUAACAACACAAGCGCACAACCUACCACAUUACAGGUUGCACAUUUGAUUGGCUUACAAUUUACUAGAUUGCCACUGUUUCAAAGUUAUGUCAGGCAUUGAAUUAAAUCAAAAUUAUUUAUUGAAUCUCAUUUCAUAGUGGGAAAGGGUUUUAACCCUAUUGAUUGAAUAAGCAAAGUGGCCUAUACAUUUUUGAAUCCUGUGACACUGAUUGUUUUUAUCCAAAUAGUAUUUUUUAUUAAUAGGGUUCAAGUUUUUUAAUAUCAUUAAUUUUUCCCUCUAUGAUGUGCAAUGCCCAAUGGAUGGGUAAACCAUUCAAAAGGCAAAAAUGUGGUAGCUUUCACAUAUCAAACAUGCAGAAGUUGCUUGUUGUCAAUCAUGUCACACAUCAAAUUGAUAAACCGUCCUACUAUAAUUUUAGAAUAUCUAAUGUACUUUAGUUAUUAACCUACACAUAGCUAGUACAAGUAAUGUGAUAAUGUUCAUCUUGAGGGUGGAAUGUGGGCUUCAUGAGCAACAAUAUCAUGAUCUGAAAUAAGAUAGAAUUAGUGAAACCCAAGCAUCCCAUGGAGUUAAUUGAGAUUUUUAUAUCAGUAGCAGACUCAGUGCUAAGUUAUAUUAAAAGAAAAGAAACCUUUUAAUGAAAUACUGUUAGUAUUAUUUAAUCGUCUUGCAAUACAAAAAAAAUCUAAUAAGAUAAACUAUGUACGUACAAGCCCAUUUUUUACAUUAGUGUUGCCCUUUUAAUUUUAUUAGUGGUGCCAUUAUAAGAUUGAAUCUGGUAAUAUCUGUCAGGUAUCUGUGCAUUUGCAUACUAAGCAUUUAUAUUCUUCAACAUUCUAUGGGAUUCUUGAAUAAAGCUGUUAUCACUUAUGCUAUCAUAUCAAUUAGAUUUUAAUGUCUCAUCUACAACAUUCUGUUUUAGUUUGUAGUUAUUAGUUUAUUAUAAGUGCCACUUAUACAUUCAAAGUGCCAGCUUUCACUUUUUUACCCAUUUAUUUUUUGAUUUCAUCAAAUGAGAUUAAAAAUUUUAUAGCAUAGCAUAGAUUUAAUUGUUUAAGUAUAUUCCACUAGACAAUAAGUUGUUGUUAAGUUGCCAUAUCUUAAUAAUUAGAUACUCGACUAAUGUUGAUAUAUAUGCAGAGAAGUAUAGAUUAUAUGAUUAUACUUAUAGUUUGUGAUAUGGAUGAAUUUACACUUUGUUUGAAAUCAAUAGUAUAAGCUGUGUAAGUAUUGCUAGACUAAGCUAAAGUUAAUUGUGUAAAAGCAAUAUGGCUGAAGUAAUUUACUAAAUACACAAGAAACAUUACCUAACUAGCUUGCUGCUGUGUCUGGCUGUCAACAUAAUUGUGUUAUCUAGUUUCAGUAACAUUCCUUAUGUAAAAUUUACAACUGACAAAGAAUGGAUUUAAGUACAUAUUGUAUGUAUUCUGCUUGCAUUUAUUUAUAAUACUCAAAUUUGAUAAAUUGCUCUCUUUGUUUAAUAUAUGUAGGUACAUAUUUUUUAUUACAAAAUGACCUUAAGGAGCUAUGUCAAUGUUAUCAAAAAAAAUUGUGUCUGAAUAAUUAUUUUGUAGAACCAUCCAUAUACUGAUAUGGUAAGGCUGACAGCACAACUUAUUAUUAUCAAAGUAUUUCAUUUAUUAUAUCAAAAUACUCUUCUUGAACAAAUUCACUCACACUUAAAAAUUAAGGCACAUUCAAUCUCAGAAAAACAAUUGGAUGUUUUACUUAUUGUACAGAUUUUAUAAGAAGGAUCAGUUCUGAUAACAACGAAUUAUUUAAAUUUUAAAUUUUACGUUUCAAUCUGCCACUUAUAAAUACGAGUUUUGAUUACCUACUUAUUAUAUUUUUGCAAUGCAAAAUUGUACAUGGGUAUGUUUUGAAAAAAUCUCUUUAUCAUCUUCAGGUGGUCUUCAGAAUUAACAUUUCAUAUCCUUAUUAUGAAAAAAUUUAAGUAUUGAUAUUAUUUAAUUUAUAACUAAUCUUCUCUAAUAUAUAUAAUGUAUAUUCUUGUGCCAGAAUCUUGUCAAGGUAGUUUUUUGUUAAAGCAAUUGUUGAGAUCUCACAGAUUUGAUUAUAUCCUUUAAGUCACACCACACAAUUGUUGAAUAGUAUUCUAAACUUUAUGCAAAAAAUGAAAACUGCAAAUCAUUUCGUUUUAGUGGAAAAUGUUUUGAAAAAUUACCAUAUUGAUCUGGUAUGCUGUGCGAUUGGUUAACUGCUGCCAUAUUUUUAGUAAGUAUACUUAUGUCGUAGAUUUAAGGCCAAUAAACACAAAUUGGGUUUACCAGUAGUUGUGCUAAGUAAAUACUAUUGUAGACUGGUGCUUCUUCUAAUUAUUUUCAUUUGUUACAAUUGAUGACCGUUUAGAUCUAGGGUUAAUAAAGCACUAGCAAUACUGCUUUAAGAAAGAUUUAAUUUUUUUGGUUUGAUUAAAGAAAUGCUAAAACAAUUAGGGCUAGAACAAAAUUCCUAUUAUAUUUAUAAUAUAGGUAUUAUAAUAAAGCUCGAGAUAUGUAAAUGUGCUUUUAGCUAGACACCGCAUAAAUGCGGAACAAUUACAUCAAACAUUUUCUCAAAAUCAAUGUAAUAGACAAUAAUUUAUUAGAUAUGUCGUUUUAAAUUGGUGAUACCAGUAAUUUUCUUGCACGUACGCUGGUUGUGUUGGUCUUACUGAAUGAUUAUUAUAUUGACAAAUUGUUAGCAAGUGGGGGAGUAUUCUGAAAUUUAUCAGCAACAGUUAAGUUUGCUUAUUUAUCUCUGUAUAAUUGAUCCAAGUCUUUUGAGGUUUCUUAUUACUAAGAAUAUUCUCCUACUUGACCUGCGAUGCCUUCAAGUGUAGUGUUGUAAUGUAAUUUAACGCUUAGGUACUGUAAGGUAGUGCCAUAUUAAAGAGCUUCCUGACUAUUUUUAAUCAAUAUUUUAUUCUAAAUGCCCCUUGAAUUGAACUUUCGUAUUGAGUAAAAUUUUAUA